CAGCUUCUCUUAACCAGUUAACCCUAAAGGCCUCCCCAGUUCCGCGAUUCAUCAACCAUCGUCACCACUCAUCAGCCAGUCACCACCAGCUGCAGUAGGCAGCAGCUCUUACCAUCGCUGAACUCCUCUCCUCGGUCAGAGCUCACCGUCGCCACCGGAAUUGUGACUGACAGAGGGUGCCAUCGCCGAACGUCUCUGCCACUCACCCUCUUCUCCUCGCCGUGGAAUCUCUGCUCAGAGCUCUUCUCGUCGCCGUCGCGAACUGCUCCUGAUCGGCUGUCGUCUCCUCGCCGUAACGAGCUCUGUUCCCGGCGUCUCUCUCUUCAAGCUCUCUCUAUCUCUACGAGGCCACUGUCAGCGCCGUGUUCCUCCGAGCUCACUCUGUCACCGCCGUUCCUCCCUCGGCGUCUCACCGAUUUAUGUUGGGUAGCCUCUGAUAAAAGUGUACUUGUCUAAUGGAUGAGAAAGUUAAGAAGUCAAAGACUGAAGAAAUCAGUUUGGAGCCAAAUGACAGGAAGAAGGAUAAGCACAUGAAGAAAAAGAAAAAACACCGAAAUGAUAAAGCACUCAAUUCAGAUAAAAUUCUUGAGGGAAAUUGUAUUGAUGAUGAUGCUGAGAGACAGGCUUGUUCCAAUGAUAAAUUUACGAGGAAUAAGGAAGAGGAUGGGAACAUUAGUAAGAAGUUGAAGAAAAAAAGGAUAAAGGACACUGAAGUGUUACAUGAUGCAAUUGUUGAUGAUAAAAUAUUGCAGGUAAUGGAUGACAACCAAAAAAGCAAGAGGAAGAAGAGAAACAUUUGCAGUGAUUCAUUAACUGCAAUCCAAGAAAUAGGUUCUUCAAAACCAAACAAAAGAGGGAAAGUUGUUGGGGAUUACGACUUCAAGGACCAUGAGGGUGAUCCUCCUUUGGCCAGAAUCAGCACUGGAGAUGCUAAUGCACAUUCACUUGUCAAUGAAGUGGAUGAUCAAGGUAAGAAGACGGAGAAGAAUAAGAAGGAACUGAGAGAAAAGGGUGAUUAUUUUGUCGUUCCUAGUGACCGGCAAGACAAAGAGACAGAGAAGGUAAUUAUUAAUAAAGUGAAAUGGAUUGAAGAAGAAGACUGCAAAACCAAUAAAGGUGAAGAUCGUCAAGGCAAGAAGAUGAAGAAGAAGAAGAAACUGAGAAAUAAAAACAAAAGUAAGUUUGAAAGCACUGAAGAUGAUCAACAUUGUGCUGAAGCCAAUGAAGGUGAUGACAAUAACCAAGGCAGGCAAAGGAAGAAGAAAUUGAGCAAUAAACGAAAAAGUAAGGAUAAAAGUGAGUUUAAAAGCAGCAAAGAUGAUCAACAUUGUGCCAACGACAAUGAAGGUGAUGAUGAUAACCUGGGCAAGAAGAAGAAGAAGGGUAAACAGAGUGAAGAAAGCAAAAGUAAUGAGAGCAAUGAAGUUAAUGAUCAAGGAAAGAAGACGAAGAUAAACAAGAAAACUAAGGAAGGCACCACAUCCAAACGCAAACGAGUAACAUUUUCUGAUCAGGUGGAGGUCUGUGGUGAUGGCUUAAUACGGGGGCAAAGGUAUACGAAUGAAGAAGAUGAAAAAAUUAAACAGGCUGUUUUCGACUAUAUAGAGACUCACAAAUUGGGGGAUGAAGGUCUUGAUAUGGUUCUUUAUUCUAGAUAUCACCCUCAACUUAAAAAUUGUUGGAAGGAAAUUGGAGUAGCCUUGCCCCAUAGGCCUUACAUGAGUGUAUAUUAUCGUGCUCACAUUUUGUUUACAAGGGAUGAGAAACACACUUGGACAGCUGAAGAGAUCGAGUUUUUAAAGAAGACAGUCGAACAACAUGGAUCUGAUUUUAAAUCAAUAGCCGAGGCAAUGGGUAAAAAUCGACUUCAUGUAAAGGAUCAAUGGCGUAGAAUAAAAAUGACCAGAAAGAGAGGAGCAUGGUCUCAGGAGGAGUAUCAAAAGGUAUUUGAUUUGGUAAGCGUUGACCUACGUGCAAGGGCUUUAGAAGACACUAGGAAUAAAAAGCAUGGUAUGUUGCGAGAUAAUAUUGGUUGGGAGGCAAUUAGUGACAAAUUGGGAACUAGAUGGAAUGGAGGAAUUUGCCAAAAGUGGUAUUCUCAACUAACAUCUCCUAUGGUUGAUCAAGGUAUUUGGAGUGAUACUGAUGACUACCGCUUGGUAGAUGCCUUAUUUAGCUUGGAUGCUUGCAGCAUGGAGGAGGUAGACUGGGACAAUUUGCUUGAGCACAGGGAUGGUGAGUUAUGCAGAAAACGAUGGAAUCAAAUGGUUCGAUAUAUUGGAGAGCAUGGGAGAAAGUCAUUCACUGAGCAGGUGGAAAUUCUUGCAAAAAGAUAUUGCCCUGAUUUAUUGGAAGCAAGAGAAGCCUUUGAUAGCAAACCCAUCAUUUGUGGACGUUCUUGCGAAAAUAUAUUACCCUGAUUUAUUGGAAGCAAGAUAAGCCUUUGAUAGCUAACCUGUCGUUUGUGGACGUUGUUAUUUUGUCAGGUGAUUUUCCUGGGGUUAACUGACUUUUUCUAAAACUGAAAUGUAAUAGAUGGCAGUUAUAAUGCUUUUGUGGGAUCAUUAUAGCCUUUAUUCUGCAUAUCAAGAGCUUUAUUUUCUAUUGGAGUGAAUGAUAGUAUUGUUUUCUUGUGUAAAAUAUUUCUGCUCUUCUGAGAAUCUUUCUUUUGAUUAAAGAACAUUGAUGUAUGUUUUGUUGCACUUUGAAAUUCAUCUGAUGAGGGGGAAACCUCGAAAAAAAAAGAAUGAUUUUCUGCUUUCUGUAGCGAAUGCUGGAAGUCACUCGCAUGAUGAGAA